AUGGUCAAAAUGGCAGGGAUGUUUCGGCCCAGGCGGCUUGACCUUUCUGGAUUCAUCAACACCCGAGUUAUUCGGGAUCACAACAAGCGCAUGGCCAUCGAGCAGACCGAACCCGAACGCCAAGCGCUCCGCUACAUGAUCCGCAAUACCAGUCUCCCCCAGCGAGUCCGCGCCCAGGCUCAGCUCCAGCUGUCGCAAAUGCACCCCUACACUCGCCCAACCCAAGUCAAGAACCGAUGUGUGGCCUCGGGCCAUGGUCGUAGUAUUGUCCGGGCAUUCAGACUCAACCGAUUCCAAUUCCGUAUGCAGGCUAUUGCUGGAGAACUCCCGGGUGUGCAGAAGGCAAGCUGGUAA